UUAGUAAAUGCUUCGAAUCGUCCAUGAUCAACAUCAAAUAACUUUAACAAAUUUGCCUGAAAGAAUCACGAAUUAAGGAUAAUUAAAAUCAAAUUCUUCUCAAGGAAUAAUCAAGGUAUCGUUCAUUAUAAGCAAUCAAUUGAUAGUCGCCCAUACAGAAGGGUUCAUGCUUCAGGUGUUGCCCGUUUUGCUCAAAACUCCCCCCGAAAAGCUCAUAUGUUCCAUAUUUCGGGACACGUGACACCGUCAUACAUGUGAUACGCCAGCCGAAAAUCUGUCACCUGGUCACAAAACUUUCCUCCCCGGAAACAAUAACAAUUCUUCUGCGUACAAAACUUUUCCCCCAAAACGAUGUAAACAAUCUUCACCGGCAUCUGCUAUGGCUGGCACACGGCUCUGCAUACCAAUAGCGCUUACAGACAACGACGACGACGAGCGCCCGAGCUAAUACUGCAUUGAGCCAAAGGGGGGAAAUAUUUGUAACAAUGCCUCCUCCACCACCAAUCUGGAACUUCCUCCCGGGGAAAAUAGUUUACUUCCGCGCCUCAUUACCACCCGAGCGGCAAGCGGACAAAACCACCGGUACCAACUGCGCCAUUUUCGAUGACGUAAAUCGAGCCCUUCGGUUCGGGUUGCGGCCCACGCAAACUACGAGGGUGGGAAAUGGGAAUCCGUCCUGUGGGCCGAAUGUGGUGGGUAUAUGCUUUUUGUUGUUCUCCGUCGCGACCACUCGGCAUUGUCCACCGUCAUUCACCGAAAAUUGUGUGAACACCUUCGCCCGUGUGCGUGAGUGUUGGUGAGCCGUCUGCGAACGAAUGUGUCACCCGUGAAAGCUCCCAUUCUUCGGCGGACUGCUGCUGCUGCUGCUGCUGCUACUGGCUGGCUGAUUCGUCCCGGACAGUCUUGUUUGGUGUGGUGAGCACACGGUUUACACGAUUGACCGGGUUUUUCCGGUUACCCUCCAUCGGCCAUCCCGUCGCUCCCGCACGCGAACGUAGUAUUACGUACAAAGGAAAGGAAAUCCUAUGCGCAGCUCAUUCAAGUUCAUGGCUGCGAAUACUACACCAUGGCAGAAGAGGGUGGUGUAUUUGGAUAAGGAUUCGACCGCUCUUCAGCGUAGCCUCGUAAAACACCCCUGAAAAGCAACUUUGUUUCGGUACGUGAAUGACGCUGGUGCAUGUGCAUGUGCGCUGGGCGAUGCAAUGUCGGUGGCGACAAACUCGGGAGAACCUCACCAAACAGUCCGAUGCAUUGUGCUGUAGUGUGUAGAUGGUUUUUCCCUGUGAGUCCGUUAGCUCUUACCAAGAAUCGGUUAACCUUAAUAGUAACAAUAGCUACGUUAAGAGUUCUAAUAGUGCAGAAUAUGACACUAGAAACGGAAUAGUUUCUCACACAAAUAGAGCAGGCAUUUGCAGGCUCUUUCCCGGAGGCGAGCCGUGGAGUGUGUUUGUAAAUAUGUGCGGUACGUUAGUGCGUGGGUAAUUCCUUCUCCGAACUGGGAGAAGGUGUGUAGCCAAGCCAAGCCAAACCAAGAAUCAAAGAAGGCUGUCGCGAAGCCUUCAUUGAAAUGCAAUCAGUGAAAGAAGGAGCAAUAUCAAGCAACGAAAACAGGAUUCCGGAGUGUUCGUGCAGUAUAUGUGUGUAGCAGCGUUUGUGCUGCUACGGAACAUCCCCUUAAAACCUGUGCCCUGUCAGUGGUAGCAGAUACUCCCCCUGGCUGGCUCGAAGUGGUGAUUUACAUAUUAUGAUUUAACGGGCACCGAUCAUGGCCAUGGUAAUAAGGAAAGAAGCGCACAACCAACCGACCGAACCCAUCGGUACGUGAUCGAAACGAGUGCUCGAAAUCACUGUGGGCAAAGUUGCUGAGGACCAGCCAAACAAUCUGUCCCACUGUCGGAGUUGGAAUCAGGGAAAUUGUUUUCUCGUCCCCCGUUUACGAGCGUCAGGUGCUAGUGCUCGGAAAAGAGUACCCGAGCGUAUGGCGAAUGAAAUUGCGACACGGAGCAGUAGCUAGUGGCCCACGGUAUCAGCCUUGCAGCGUAUGAACAGUCACGAGAGUGUCCAAAGCCAGUACUGAUCGUUGAAGCCACGAACACGUUGACGAUCGGUGGUGACCGAUCGCUGGGGAGGGACAGCGCACCGGGAACGCUUAUGGGAACUCUAACGACCUCCUCGACGGCAUCAAGCUUUCCGCUAGUGAAGUCCAAAAUCGCAGGCACCAACUAUGAAGAGGAAACGACUGAAACCCGCUCGAUGACGGAGCGCAGCGGCCGAACAGACUCUAGCGGACGUUCGGCAGCACUCGAGCGAGCCUACGUGCACGACGUUUACGAAAACUGCGAGGAACCGAACGGACAGAUCCGGCCGAAGGUGGCCCAAUUUCUCGGCGGGCUCGAACCGGGUUCGCUUGUCUGUGAUGUCGGCUGCGGGAACGGCCGAUACCUGUCCGGGUUCAAUCCACUCAUCUACACGAUCGGUGUCGACCGGUGCUAUCGGCUGACACAGGUUGCCCACGGGAAAGGCGGUGAAGUAGCGAUAUGUGAUAAUCUCGAACUGCCAUUCCGUGACGAGUCGUUCGAUGCGGUCCUCUCGCUAGCGGUAGUGCACCACUUUGCCACGACGGAACGACGCGUCGGUGCGAUUCGCGAACUGGCACGCAUCCUCCGCAUUGGUGGCCGAGUCAUCAUCACCGUGUGGGCACUGGAGCAACGACACCGACGGUUCGAAUCGCAGGAUGUGCUGGUCCCGUGGCAACCACCGCGCACCAAAACGGGUGGCAUCUCGGACGACGAAGAUGACGACGACUUUUUGCCACCGUACCACGCGUACACGGAGGACUCGACCAACUCGAGCCGGUCGGCCGGUGACGGCGAUAGCUCCAGCUUGUCCUCCUCAUCGCCCGGUGAAACGUGCUACAGCUUCGUGCGGCGUGCAAUACAGAAACUCGCCGGCAGUAAGCGCAGUCCGUGGUUCCUGGAGUCGUGGAGCUCGCGGGAAACGAAACACGACAGCAGCCUCGACUACGAGGACGCGAAGGAUUUGCCCAUCGAGCUCAGGCGGCUGGAGGACUUCGACGACCUGCCGGAGCCGCCGCUGUCCGCUGGGCUCAAGAGCCGGAGUCUAGGUAGUAUACUAAAUCCACCACCAAAAACCAUAGUUAGAUCACGUUCAAGUGUACCAAGUUUAGGUGCUCAAAUACCUGAAUCGAAAGCGACCCCCGCCGCGGAACCGACGCCAGUGUCCCGCCGACCAAAGCUUGUCAAACAGAAACAGUCGCUGUGCGACGAUGUGGACUACAAGUUUACCGAGUCCUCCGCACAGGCGUACCGCGAGCACGCGCUGCGCAACGAAUCGCGCGUCCAGCUGCUGCGCAAGCAGAGCUCGCUGAACGAGGAGCUGAUGGCCGAAAGCCGGUUGCGCGAGAAGGAGCGCAUCCGGAAGCGCAUACAGAAGCAAAUAUCGCUGAACGAAAGCUUCCUGUGCCGGUCCCUGUUUACCAAGCGGCUGCAGGUCAUCAAGGAGGGUUUCGCGACCAAGCUUAAAACGUCGACCGGCAGCCUCGAGCGGGUCACGAAGAAUGGGUUCGUUAAGAUCAUACAGAACAUAAAGGCGGCAACGCCGGCCGCGUAUCAUGGUGGACCGGCUGGCAGUAGUGGUACCGGUGGUGGCCAUCCGCAUCACCAUCACCAUCAUCACCCUUACCAUCACCAUCAUCAUCCGCACCACCAUCAUCACCAUCAUCACCAACCACACCACCAGCAUCACGCCAGUCCGCACGGGGCGCCUAGCGGCCGGCCACCGUACUGUUACGAGCCGGGUGGUGACUGUGGCCCGUGCCCGGGCGGAUGCUGCCUGGCCGGGAUGCAUCCCGAGCACGGUGGGACGGGUCGGUACGGGGGCUCGACCGGUGGACACCACCGGCUGUCGCGCAAUAAUUCUGCCAGCGGCAGCGGUACCAGCAGCAACGGUAGCAAUGGCAACGGUAUCAAUGGCAACGGCAGCAAUGGCAAUGGCUCGAUCGGGCACGACAAGCUCCUGGCGUCGAUGGGCAGCAGCCAGGACGAGGCGUCCAAACCGAGGCGACACUCGAGGGAAAGCGGUUCCGACAGUUUUCGUUCUACUUUCAUUAAACGACAACGUUUUGCGGAUUCGUCCAAGGACAGUAGUCUUCAAAGUGAUACCAGUAUCGAGUCGGAGGAUAGUUUUGCAUCUGUGAUUUACAUUCCUAAACCAGACCAACAACAGCAGCCAACCCAGCAGCAGCAGCAAGUGCAAUCGAACGGUGGCUGUGGAGUAGUAGCCGGUGGUAGUAAUGGCAGUAGUGCGUGUAGCGGCGGUAAUGGUGCUAACGGUGGCACGAACAGUGUGUCCGAUUUCUUCAGCCCUGGAGCAGCGAUAAACUGCAUGCCUUCCUCAUCAGUGCCAACCUCUCCAUUGGUGAUGCCUUGCCCAACACCGGCCCACUCACCGGCGCCUCCACGCACCAAAUCCGGCUGUGUGGCUGCCGCUUCCGAACCGGCCGACGGCCACACCAGCUUCAGUUCGGUGUCAAACGGAGGCAGCAAUCAAUUCACGUUCGAGGAAACCGUCAUACUACCGUGGCAGCUUGAGCAGCAAGAGUCCACGGUGAAGGAACCGACGGCGACGAGCGAUGCUCCAAUGUCCAAUGUUGUACCAGCAGUUCGCGAUACAUCCGCUUGCUCAAAGUCUACAUCUAACAGCUCCACUACGACCACCACCACAGCAUCCAGUACCUGCUCAGGUAAAGCUGCUGCAUCAUCCGGAACGGGGAGUAGAAGGAAUUCCAACCAAGAGGGUGUAUCCCCACAGAAGGCAGGCUCGCAGAGCAAGAUCACACGGCAGCAGAUCAAGGAUCUGCCACCGAUACCGAAGUUCCGUCGCAGCGGCAACUAUCCCAUACUGCGCCGGCAAACAUCGGCCGCCGCUGGCACCAGCACAGCGGCGCCCGUACCAGUGCCAAAGCUUCUUUCGCUCGAACUGUUCAACCCGGAGACGGACGAUCUCGACAGUGACUCGAGCGAACCAUCCUCACCGGACUCGAUCGACAGUGUGAUCAGUGCACUGAGACCAUCGCUAUCUCCCCUACCCGCUACCGGCUAUUCCGCCAACAACCCACACAAACCACAUCCCAGUGGGUCCGAUGCGUCCGAGAGUGCUGCUGCCGCUGUUCCUGUUGGAGUCCCAUCAAUACCGCCGCUUGUAGAAGCGGCUGCUGUUGUAGCGCACAAGCUGGAAGAUGUAGUGGACAUGGCCAUUCCCGAACGGCUCGGUGCGGAUGGGAAACCGUUACGCUUCAACGGCCUACUGAACUCCACCACCAGCUCAACCGCACUACACAUUGCCGAUGUGGAUGAACACAACUCACGCCAACAGCUGGUGGACUUUGCGGAGAAACUAAGUGCUCAGCUGCUGAAGGAGCUGGAAAACGAAAAGAAGCGUAACGAAAGCUUCGAUGAGGAUGACGACGUGUUUGGUGUGGAUUCGAGAGUUCGGCCUGCGAUCGGUUCACCACCGAUUAUUGAUCCCUAUCUGAAGAAGCUGAACGGUGAUCUGCGCGAUCUCAAUCAACUGCGGGCGGAGCUGCGAGAGCGAAGACUUAUGCUGGCAAACCUGUCGAACAUGGGAUCAGGCGUAGGGUUGAGUGGUCAGUUUGGGGGUAGCAAUGAUUCGCUCGGUCCCAGCUACGGUUCCUCGAUGGCUCCGAUCAUCCAAGAAGAAACGGACGAUGAUGAAGAAUUUAACGAGCUGGAGGAUCGUCGAUGCAAUGGAGUGGAGAGUGGACAGCCUGCCGGUGGUUCGAGCGCGCUGAAGGUAACAUCCAGCAUCAAGUGUAAGAAUCUCGGUGGCAAAACGGUGGACGACUUUGUCAUCAUACCGGAGCUGGACGAAGACGACCCGGAACUGUCCAACGAUACGGCUUUGCUAAUACAGGAAGAGGAUAGCUCCGAGGAGCAUCUUCACACGUCCGCUGGUGGUGCGACUGUCCACGGUGCAGCAAGCGGCAGUACACUCGACAGCUACAGCCGACGCUGCAAGGUGCCUACUUAUGCCAGUGCGAAGCCGCUGGCGGGCGGCGACAGCCAGCCAGGUGGUAGCAGUAGUAGCAGUAACAGUAGCAGCAGUAAAGACACCGCCACCGAUCACUGCAGCCGGUGGAACAACUGUGUGCCGCAGCAGUCGAUCGCUCCCCACAGCACAACGUUAACAACGACCACGACAACGACGACGGCUACGAUGCAACCGUCAACGUCAAGCACCCUGGCAGCGGGUCUCAGCACGGGAGGUACCGGACCCUCGGCACAUAUCCCUGGACCGCCCAGCACGGCAGGGCUCUCGAUCUGUGGUGAGCGCAAACCCCUGUCGGCGACAAAGAAAUCCUCAAUGCCCUCCUUUGAAUCUCACGCCAGUGUGGACUCGUGGGCCCACUCCACCAGUACCGCCUCCCUGGACAGCCCUUCGAUCGGCGGUUCGGCGACGCACCAUCGAUAUUAUCACGUGUUCCGGGAGGGAGAGCUAGACGCGCUGAUCAAUCAUCACGUGACCAGCCUGCACAUCGUUUCCUCGUACUACGAACGGGCGUCCUGGUGUGUGGUCGCGGAAAAAGUACACGUAUGGACAAUUUAGAAACUGCUGCUAAUGCGGUGUAACGUGUCGGGUGUAACGGUUUUUCGUUUCAAACAUUUGACAGCUCGAUGACAGAUGCCUUUUUCUGCUGUCAAAAUUAAAAAAAAACAUCAGUUACAAAAGCAAGCGAAACCUUAUAACAGUUUAGUUUCAUCGCUCACAAUAUUAUGAUUUUGCUAAUCAACUUUAUCGAUUCUGAGUUUGCAAACGAGCAAAAAAAAAACCGGCAACGAAAACAAAUGAAUCGAAAACUAACCAUACUGACCUAAAUGUGUAAGCGCAACUAAAAGAAAACGAAACGAUCAGCAUUUUCUCUACUCUCAUUCAACAACCCCCUGAAAAUAUGGAGGCAUCGCGUAGAAAGAAAAAUGGGACGAAAAUAAAGCCGCGAUCGCGACCUGAUGGGGAGUUCGCAUUGACAGGUACUGUAUUACUUAAAAAUAAUCUCUGUGAUUGAUCUAUAUUGACUUGAAAACAUUAGUAUUAGAACAAGAGAGCGCGAGAGAGAACGAGAGAGUGCGAGAGAGAGAGUGACGGGUGAACCAUAAUAAUACAACUAAUAAUAUUACUACACGUAUCGUAUACUACGAGAUAUGUUGAUAAACGAUGUUAAACAAAACACACGCAAGAGAAGAGAAUUAAAAAAUACAAUUCCAACGAACCGGGUGAGAUAGCAGCAAGUAGAUAUUGAAAAAUAGCUCUUACGUUGCUCUUAAGUUGCUGGAUUGGAAUUUGGCGUGUAACUAAAGCUGUAAAAUUAAAUCAGAACCACAUCUUCGAGUUCGACUCUUCUUGACUUCAUGUUUCACUAGGCGAUCAUAUAAAUUUAAGAUGUGAAAAAUUUCUAUUCUAUUGGUUUGAGUUUUUUUUUAUCUAAUUUUGAAGAAUAUCGGAAUAUUUGUGAAUAAUUCUUCUUGCAUUAUUGUUAACGAAUACAACCCCAUAGUUAUAAGAAUUUAGGAUUAUCUUCUCAUUCAUCGAACGCUGAUCGUCGUCCAUAGGCGAUCGAAGGAUUACAACAACGUGUAGCAGUUGAUUUCAUAAUUUAUUUUUCCUUAUCUCAAUUAAGCAUUUCUCAUGUCUUUUCAGCUGCAAUUCAACUGCAAAACCCCAUUCAUUCACGAGUUUCCGAGCUCAUAUACACAGUGUUAAACUUUGAAGAACCAAUUUGUAAAAAAAACAGCAACAAGCGCCUAUGAAACGAUUGUUAUCUACGAGAAACGAUUUACUCUUCUACUGCUGCUGCUUAGGCUAAAAGUUUGAGUUUUUGUAUAAAAAAGGGCACACAAAACAGGCAUCUCUUGUACACACGAGACUUUAAAGCGAGCUAAUGCAAUUUCUUUACGUAUUUUACGCUAUGACAUAUCAUUUCCUAUCCCGCGCUCGAUCGUGGGAUCUGAUCGCUGUUUGGUUGUUACAUUGCUAGACUUUUUACUUUAAUUUAGCGAAUCCUCAAACGAAGCUACCUGCUAGCAAAGGAAACAGUAUGGCCUAUCGUUCUCUUUUCGAGCGUAAAGCUCGCCUAGGAAUAGUAACUAGUUAAAGCCGAUCAUUUCCGCUGUUCACUGUAAGAAGAUGCACAAAUCCAGUAAAAAUUUUUCCCGCUGAGAAGAUACUGGUACUGGUACAUAAAUGGUGAUGCAGUUAUACGAAUUAAAGGUUAAUAAAGCUAAGCUAAAAACGUACUGACGAGGCAUUUUCCGUUCCGACAAACCUCUAUGCGCUCAAACUCAAUCCUUUCUUUUUUCGCCUUACUUCUUUGUGACAAAUAAAUAUGAAUAACAAUCAUAUCAAUCAACGCCCACAAAACUAUUAAUCCACAAACAAUAAAACCGAUCCACAGAGAAUAAAACCACUCGCAGAGCCAAAGAAUCGAUCGACCAGGUGCAAAAAUGGCGAACAAAACCAAUGUCUCAAAGCAAGUAGUAAAAUAGUAAAACGCACAGACAGACGCAGAACCCGUUUACAAACCUAGCCCCACAAAACUAUACAAAUCGCAUCGCGAGUGCAUAAUCACUACAGAACCCAGCAAGUAUUACCAACCACAAUCAAAGAUGAAAAUUUUGAAGGUUUUAAUUUUAUAAAGCUUUUUUUUUAGUUUAACUCCUCUCUAUUUUGUUGGCCAAUUUAGACGAUCGUGUAAUUAAAAUAAAAAAAAGCCAUUGUAUAAAUCUCCUCCAUCUCCUCCAUUGGUAAAUUGAGAAGAAUCUUAAGAAUUUCGAACAAUAAUCAGUAGCAUUUUUACUCUUGAUCGAGUUUUAUUACAUGCUUUACUUGUAGCGUGACUAAGUGAUCGAGCAGAGGAAACAGCAAGCAGAAGGUGUGCAUGUUUUUUGGGUUAGUUUUUCCUUUUUGGUCCUUUUUGAAGUAUUUGUACAGUGAAGAGGAUCACUUCUUUACCUUUAACAGUUUAAAUGUCUUUUACUAUUUCAUAUGAUUUUUUUUACGGCAAACAAACCCCUUACAAUCACUUGGAAAUUUAAAUACAAAAUCCUUGAUUUAUGAUAAAUGUUAUGAUCAGUAGCAUUUAAAAACGAAAGCUCGCGUAUAACGAGUUUCCGAUUAGUGGAUGUAUAAAACCAAGCAAAAAAAAAACAAGAAAAACCUAGACCAUAAACUCCGAAACCCUGUACAUUUUAGCUAAAUGAAAACGAAUUACUAACGAGGGGUGGAAGAAAAAAAAACCACAUCGGUAUCGGACGACACAAGAAACUCUGGAUAAAGAUCAUGGGAGAAAGCAUUGGUAGAGGAAGUACCGUGGAAGGAAGUAAUCGAAAUGGUGAUUAAUUUUUCUUUCCUUUCUAAAUAUGAGCUAAAGAAAAAAAACCCCUAUUCAUCAGCGGAGUAUGAAUUAUACUAAAUCUAAUCUUGAAUAGCAAGCUUUCGCAUCGAGAUUAAAUUCGAGACUCGUUCGUACUUAUGUUGAAGGGAGAAAGAAAAAAACAUGGCAACAAUAUAAAAAACAUACAGGAAACAGUGCAGCGAAACCUAACUCAACUCAACGAUUAACAAUGGAAAGAAAAGGGAAAAAUCCUUCUCAACAGACCACAAACAUGCAGCCGCCUUAUGCGGGUGGCCUCUGCCCUAACAAACACGCUCUACUACGCUCUACUACAUUAUAUGCCUUUUAGCUGUAGACGCGGUUACCGAUCAUAUUUUAUCCGUUCAUGAGUGAUCGUACGAUUUACUUUCCCGUUUUGCCAUGCGAUGCGGAAAAGGGGUUUCUAACUCUUGCGCGCGUAAUUAGUUUAAGAGAAAACUAAGAAACCCCACAAGAAACUAUAACCCCAAACUAGGAUUCGCGAUACUAACAAAUAAAGAGAAGCGAGACGUCUAUCAUCUGAAGAAGUAAAGACAAAACACACACUCACACAUUCACUCACUCACAAACACAGUGUAGCGAACCAAGGAGAAAAGAAAACCUUAAAAAAGCUAUAAGUAAUGUUAAACUAAUUUGAAACUAAUCGAAUGAAUCUAGCUAAAAUUAAUGCAUUACCGAAGCGGCACCGAACAAAGUGAACCGUUCGUUGCGUCGUGCACUUGGGGGGGAAAAUGUUUGUGAGAAAAUAAAACACGGAACAAACAAACCAUAGAACAAGAAAUGGGGGAAAAACAAACAAAAUAAACAUUACUACGAAGAAUGUCGCCUGUAUAUUCCAACAAAAAAAA